AUGGCCGCGGGCAGCAGCGCGGACUGGAUGGGCUCCCUCGCCCCCGCCCUCAGCGCCUUCCCGCUGGCCCAUCUGGCCAUCCCAGGAUCACAUGAUUCUUUCAGCUACUGGGUUGAUGAGAAAUCUCCUGUGGGACCUGAUCAAGCCACGGCAAUCAAACGUUUGGCUAAAAUUUCUUUGGUGAAAAAGCUGAUGAAGAAAUGGUCAGUGACUCAAAACCUGACCUUCAAAGAGCAGCUGGAAGGUGGGAUCCGCUACUUUGAUCUGCGCGUAUCUUCCAAACCGGGAGAAGUGGGACAGGAGAUCUACUUCAUACAUGGUUUGUUUGGCAUCAAAGUAUGGGAUGGACUGAUGGAGAUAAACACCUUCCUCGCAGAGCACCCCAAAGAAGCUGUCUUCUUGGAUUUCAAUCACUUCUAUGCAAUGGAAGACGAGCACCACAUAUACCUGAUUAACAGGAUCCGGGAAGCAUUUGGAUCAAAACUUUGCACAAUGGAAUAUGUAGAAAAUGUGACCUUGCGAUAUCUUUGGGAGAAGAGUCAGCAGGUUCUCAUUUUCUACCACUACCCUCUGUAUCAGGAAUAUCCCUUCCUGUGGCCAGGGAAUAAAAUGCCAGCACCUUGGGCAAACACAACCAACGUGCACAAGCUAUUACAGUUCUUAGAGACCACUCUUGGGGAGCGGGCUCAACAUGGAACUUUUCAUGUUUCUCAAGCUAUUCUCACACCCAGGGUCAAAACUAUUGCACGGCACCUAAUCCGUGGCCUAAAAAAUACGCUUGUUCACAGGAACCUGCCUAUGAUUUUGAACUGGGUAAAGACACAGAAGCCAGGCAUUAUGGGCGUUAACAUAAUUACAUCAGACUUUGUGGAGCUGGUUGACUUUGCUGCCACGGUUAUUGCAUUAAACGACCUCCUUUUAGAAGGGCACCAAGCUGUGACUAAAUCCUGA